AUGAGCAAUGGGAACGAAGUUGUUCGAUUUGGAGACGUGAUUAAGCUGCGGACAAAGUCAGCUUUUGUUGAGUCGACAUCAGAAUCCAGUUUAGGUUUUCUUGAGCUACUGAACAAAGCGCAGACUCAAUUGCUUGUAGUUUCUCCAGUAAAGGACGAGGUUCAAGAUCGUUUUGUCGAAGCUGAAUUCAUCAUUUCUCCUGUAAAAGGCGAUAAAAAGCAGGCGAACGGCACGCCUUUGACGUUUGAGACUCCAUUUGUGCUUCAUACAUCGGAUGGCAAAAAUGACAGCACGUAUUCACUUAAUAACAAAGUGGCGGGUCAGCGCGACGGUAUCAGCUUGCAGGUUUCAGCAACCAAAGGCGAGAUGUAUAUUCAAGUGGAGAAAGAAGGUUGUACAAACUCUAUGGAUCUGCUCUAUGGUACGGAUGGUCUCAGUCUUCGCGUCGUGGACUCAAAUCGUGUUCGUAAGUCGCUUAAUCACUUGCUGACUCAUACUCUGAGGCCAAAGAGCGAUAUGAUCGGUGGUAUGGUCACAUGCGGUACAAAAGGUUCAGCCCUUACAUUCAGUUUUCAGCGCUCAGUUGACGCUGACGGUCAGGUGAAGACUGAGACGAUCAAAUAUAUUAAGAACCCACAGUCUCGUCGCACUAGCAUUGAUGCGCUUGGUCCAACUAAGGUGGAUGAACUUGGUCGUGCUGAUCGCAUCGAUAGCAGUGAAUUUUCGGAUGUGGACGCUAUGAGUCGAUCUAGCAGUCUUGCUGGUAUUAGCUCGAAUCCUGCUAGUCCUCGUAGCAGUUCUAUGACAAGUGCAUUAGCGACUCCUGUUAAUGCUGCAGCUGUGGCUGAACGUUUACCAGUGGUUAAGGAUGUUGACGACCCUAAAACAGAAUCUUCGCAUUCUACAACUAGUGCACCUCCAGCUGUAAAUGAGGUAUUGUCUUCUGUUCCUGAAGAUUCGACUACUGAAGGUUCACUUCAGCUUAGUCCACCUGCUUCCCCUUCAGAGCCUGUUUCUAUACCAGACUCUCCUCCAAAGCCAAUUAGUAACGAGGAGAACGCAAAGACAUCUCCUGUUUCGUCACCGCUUAAAAGUGUAGCCUCUGCGUCGCCACCAAAGGUUGAAAUAGUCGAGAUUGGGUCGAUUGAAACUGAGUCAGUCUCGGAUAGUUCAUUGACGACAAAGCAAGAUGAAACAAUAUCUGAGGUGAAGAUUCUCACUCCAUCCGAUCCUGUCACAAGUGAGAUCGAGACAACUCAAGAUACCGCUUCUGCAACACCAGUUGAACCCAGAACGGUUAUUGCUGAUGCUUCAACUUUUCCUCCGAUACCAGCGAUCAAUGGCCCUGCACCUGCUCUCAUUGUGCCAUCACCAAAAUCAUUGACUUCCCAGAAGACAACGCCAAAGGCAGCUACAACCCCAAUCAAUGUGCCUUUGGUACCUAAAAUCUUUAAAGCUGGAGAAGUGUCGAAUCUGGAGGCUGAAGCCGACGUAGAGAUUCUGGACCCAGCAUGCGGUGCAAAAUGCAGCAUCAUGUAG